GUAAUGUAUGGAUCUUCCUAGAGAGGAACUGGAAGCAGCCCCUGGGAACCAGAGAGGAGAGAACUGUGCUGCUGUGGUUCCUUUCUGUGCAUCCCUGCCAUUCUGUGCAUCUCCAUCAUUUCCAUCCAGAGGGGUCUGGCUUUGGUAUCCCCAGAAUCUAGCAAAAGAAGAAAAGACUCUUUCAGCCCUGUUGGAAGCUACCUGGGAGCACAGAGAAGACAUGAAAAAGCAAGAUUUCGCUGACCCUAAGAAAACAAAAGGCCAUCCUGCGGUACAGGCUGAGAACAGUGAGGAAUUCUGGGAAAGAGGAACCCUGCAGAAGAGCCUGUUGGAGGAUAUACUCAGUGCAGAUGUUGAGGGACAGCACUUCAGACACUUCUGCUAUGAUGAAGCUGAGGGUCCCCGAAAGGUUUGCAGCCAACUCCACGUUCUCUGCUGCCAGUGGCUGAAGCCAGAAAGGCACACCAAGGCUGAGAUGCUGGACCUGGUGAUCCUGGAGCAGCUCCUGUCUGUUCUUCCCCCAGAGAUGGCCAACUGGGUCAGGGAAUGUCAGCCAGAAACCAGUUCCCAAGCGGUGGCUCUUGGAGAAGCUUUCCUUUUGAGUCAGGCAGAGGAGAAAAAGCAGCAGGACUUGUGUGCAGAAGACACCGCAGAGGAAGACAAAUCUCCUUCACACUCCCAUCAGAGGCUGGAGUCUCAGCAGAUCUUGCCAGAUGGUGAUAGAGGGUCCCUCACAGUAGGAAAUGGAUUGGGGCCACAUCCCUUAUCUCUUCAUGGUGAUAUGCAGGGAAGAACUUCUGUAAGACUGGAUCAGAUGACUUUCCAGGACGUGGCAGUUUAUUUCACUGAAGAAGAGUGGGCCCUGCUGGAUCCCGGCCAAAAGGCCCUGUAUAAAGAAGUAAUGGAAGAGAAUUUGGGGGUCGUGGUCCCUCUAGGUGGUGAUGGGCGAGAAACUGAAGGAGAACCUCAGAGGGUUUUGCUGGAAAGAGUUAAUUGCAAACAAAAGGAAGCACAGACCAUUAAAACGGACACUAAAGAGAAGAGGAACAUUGCUUCUACUUCUCAGGCUGGUGAAUUCUAUGAAAUCUCAGUACAUGAGUUGACCUGGAUAAGAAAAGAAAGGAACAAAUGUCUUUGUUUGGCUUGUGGCAGAAGCUUCAGUUGUAUAUCAGGCCUUAAUCUUCAUAAGAGAAUUCAUGAAGGGGAGAAGUGUUUUAAAUGUGGUGAGUGCGGAAAGACCUUCUGUUUUAGGAAAUGUUUGAUUUCCCACCAAAAAGUUCACACAGGAGAGAAGCAGUUUAAGUGCUCAGAGUGUGGGAAGAGCUUCACGUGGCUAUCACACUUUGUAUCACACCAAAGAAUUCACACAGGGGAGAAGCCAUUUACAUGCUUGGAAUGUGGAAAGAAUUUCAGGUGGAGAUCACACCUUACAACUCACCAAAGAAUCCAUACUGGCGAGAAACCAUUUAAAUGCUUGGAGUGUGGAAAGAGCUUCAGUCAGAGCUCCCAUCUUAUGACACACACAAAAAUUCACACUGGGGAAAAGCUGUAUAAGUGUUUUGAGUGUGGAAAACAUUUCAGGCAGACAGCAGACCUCUCCAAUCAUCAAGCCACUCACACAGGGGUGAAGCCAUUUACAUGCUCAGAAUGCGGCAAGAGCUUCAGUCGGAAGGCUCAACUUACGUCACACCAAAGAACUCACACAGGGGAAGACCCUGUGAAAUUCCAAGCAUCUGGAAAGAACUUGAGUCAGAAGUCCAAUUUUACAUCCCAUGCAAAAUCUCACACAACAGAGAAACAAUAUAAAUGUUUGGAAUGUGAAAAAGUCUUCAGUAAGGAGAUACAUCUCAUUUCUCAUCAAACAGCUCAUGAAAGGAAGAACCAUUUAACAGCUUCAAGUGUCCAAAAAACUAUAGUAGGAAAGACACCCUUAUGUCACAUAAAAGAACUCACUGAACGACUCAAUUUUUGUCACACAGACUUAGAGUCGUAGAACUGGAGUUGACCCCAACGGUCUUCUGGUCCAACUCGUCAACAGUUAAAGCAUCCCUACCAAAUGACUAUCCAAUGUUUUGUUCCCUCAUUUUUCCUCCUGCUUUAAACAAAGCUGAAAAAAUUAUUGUUAUGUGUCUUCAAGUUGACCCUGGUUUCAGUGAAAAUGAAAAAAGGAGUUUGGUAUUUGUAAAAGUAAUUAAACUAUGGCAAGGAUAUUGAAAAUGUAUAUCUAAUAUUCAGAUUGCAAUAAAACAAUCAUAUACUAUGAAUGCUAAACUUUCCAUAGAAACAUAAAAUGCAUGCAAUAGAAAUCAAAGUCCAAUAUGUACUCAUUGGAAAUAAUAAUUGUCAG